GAUGGCUGCUCCGGUGGUGGUGAGGAGCUCCGGCCCGGCGCUCUGCCCGAGCUUCGCGGAGGUCUGCUCGUUUCUGGAGCGGUACGGAGCGGCUCUGGACCUGCCCGAGAUGACUUUCCCGCAGAUGGAGAGGUAUCUGCGGGACACAACGGCAGUUCCUAAACCCCUUGUGGAGCUCCAUGUGAAGCUGCUUAGAAAACUGGGGAGGUCUGUGACUGCAGACCGCUGGGAAAAAUACCUGGCCAAGGUCUGCCAGGAGUUGAACAGUACCUGGGCAUGGGAGCUGGAACAGAAGGGCUACCAGGAGAUGUCCAUGGAGUGCAAGUCAUGUAUCCUCAAAUAUCUCUGCGAGUGUCAGUUCGAUGACAACCUAAAGUUCAAGAUGGCAAUUAAUGAGGAGGACCCAGAGAAGAUGCGUCUGCAGCCCGUAGGUCGGGACCAGCAGGGCCUGAUGUACUGGCUCCAGCUGGACCAGGAGCAGAACAUCCGGCUGUACACAGAGGAGCAGGACGAUCUGGACGGAUCCACCUGGAAGUGCAUUGUCAGGACUCGUAAUGACCUGGCUGAGGCUCUGGAGCUGCUGAAGGCCCAGGUUGAACCAAAACAGAAUCAGGACCAGGACCAGAACCAGAACUUGACUGGAUCCAGGAGUGCCAGCCCUACAGAGAAAGAUUCAGUCUUAAGGGAUGAGGCCAUCGGAGGCACCAAGCCCCAACCCUCCAAGACCACAGAGGAGCACAGUGAUAGUAAGAAGGUUGACCUUGUAAAGGAAGAGGAGCCUGCAUCACAAGUGAUAAAGCAGGAGGAGAUGCAGCCUACUAAGCAGGAAAAACCUGAAGCUGAGGUGAAAGAAGAGAAGAAAGACCACAAAUCCUCUCCUGUCUUUGAUAACCGCGUGAGCACGAUCACCACCAUCAUCAAAUCAGAACCCAGGGAUGCUGACGCUCCCAAAAAUGCUGUCUCUGUCGUGAUGGCACCAGGUACAACUGUGACAAAACAGGGAAUGAACAAAGAAGAGGAAGCAGAGCGGGCAGUUGUCAGGAGCAACCAGCAGGCCAAGAUACCACUGAAGAAGAGGGGGGUUAAAUUGGGGAAAGCGCGCUACCACAGCAACCACCUCAACAACAGUAACAGCAGUAGUAUUAUUGUUUGUAACCCAUCUGUGAUCCAGACCAAGGAUAGCCAUGGAAAAGAGGCAAAAUUGCAGAGCUCGUUAGCACCCCCUGGUGGUCCAGCUGCCUUACAAACACAGCAGCAAAUAGUGGUCUCUGCAUCGAGGCAAGAACUGAGCAACGGGAGAGCGUCUCUCUCAUUGCCGCACAAAGAGGGACAAAAUGGAGUCAUAGGAGUGAUAGGUCAAGUUGGCGUUAUAGGUCAUGUAGGGGUCAUCCGCAGCCCUUCUGAGCGUCACAGAGCCCCUGGUGUUGAGCCCCUGGAACAAAAUGGGCCCAGUUUAGACCACCAGGGCUCCAGAGCUGUGGAGGAAGAGAGGGAGGUGAGCCGGCAGUCAGUGCUGGUGAGGAAGGGAGCGGUUGAUGGGGAGACAGCAGCAGCAGCAGUUAUUGCUCCUCCUCAAACAGCCAGAAAACUACGUUUGUCAUCCUUAAAAUCUGAUCCACUGCUUGAGGAUGCAGAGACAAAAGUGGAUUAUCUUAGCAUGUCCUUACUGUCUCAGUCCACAGAGGACCCCAAAAGACAGGCAGUAGAAGACCAGGGUAAAAAAAUAUCAGAGGAACAGUUAGACAGGGAGACAAAAACUGGGCACAGCAGUCAUCUACAGAAGAAAGACAGCCAGGACGAGGGGGAUGAGAGGAGAAAAGAAGCAUCUGAGCAACCUGUGGCAGGAGGGGGAAGUAAUGAUGACCAUGAAAAGAAUAAAAGCACUUUAGGAAAGUUGAAGGCAGAAUCAGGGAGCAGCGCUCAACUUCUAAAAGCAGACCAGCAAGAUAAAAAAGACCAGCAGGGAGACGGGGUCAACGGUGGGUUGGCUGCCCAGGUUAAGGGGAAGGACGCUGGGCUCGUAUCAGGGGAGAGGAAGGGUCCCCUGGAGGAAGCUUCCUCUGAGCUCCAGAAAGAAGGAAUCAGGUUAAAAAUCAAGAUUCCUCCACACCGGAGAAACAAGUUAAAGGGGAAAGGGGGAACAGAGGAGGAGAAAGAAAGGGAGCAGGAGGUGCACAUGGAAGGGAGGCCACUGAGGAGAUCUGCAAGGAUUUGCAGGCCGAGCUCAAAGGCGGCUGAAAGCCAGGGAAAGAAACCACAAAAAAAACAAGCACUGCCCACCAGAACGAGGGAAGAAGAGGAGGAGGAGGGAGAAGAAGAGGAAGAUGAAGAGGAGCGGGGCUCCACUACAAAGAAAGACAGAAAAACAGAACAUGUCGGGCAAAUUAGGAAACAGAGGGGUAGACGGAGGCAUCGACGCCCCCGAUGGUCCAAUAUUCGUACUAAGAGACGCAAAUUGAAUGAGGAAGAGGAGAUGGAGGACAGAGGGAGGAAACGAGGAGAGGGGGAGAGCGAAGGAGGGAGCGACUCAGAGGAAUCGUGUAGAUCAGAGGAGAUUCCCAGUGAGGAUGCCUGCAGUCACUGUGGCCUGCCCAACCACCCAGAACUGAUCCUGCUGUGUGACUCUUGUGAUAGUGGAUACCACACUGCCUGCCUGCGGCCGCCGCUCAUGUUGAUUCCUGAUGGAGAAUGGUUCUGUCCACCCUGCCAACAUAAGCUGCUGUGUGAGAAACUGGAGGAACAACUGCAGAACCUGGACAGUGCUCUGAAGAAAAGAGAGAGAGCAGAGAGGAGGAGGGAGCGGCUGGUGUACGUGGGAAUCAGUGUGGAGAACAUCAUCCCCGAGGGGGAUGAGGGGGAAGAGGAGUCUGCCAGGUCGGCAAAGAAGAAAGAUUCCAAAAAGAGCAAAAAUCUGGGGAGGAGAUCAACCAGAACCAGGAAGCACAUCAGCUACAGGUUUGAUGACUUUGACGAUGCCAUUGAUGAGGCUAUAGAGGAGGACAUCAGAGACCUCUGUGGAGGUCGAGGCAGAGACAUCACUGCUAUCCUGACAGAGGAUGGGAAGGAGAGCCAGCGGCCAAUCAGAAGCCAGGCUCCCUCUGCCAGGAACAGGAAGAAGCGGAGACUAAACGACCUGGAAAGUGACAGCACGGCAGCAGAGAGUGAAGACGAGUUCAUGCUCAGCAAUAGCUCAGAGGAUGAAGAUUUUGGUGCAUCAGGGGCUGACGAUGAUGAGGAGGACGAUGAAGAUGCGGGCAGCGACAUGGGUAGCUUGGACAGUGGGACCCGCCCCAGACGAGCGGUGAGAGGGGUACCUAAGCAUCGACCCAGCAGGACCCAGCGCAGAGGCAGGAAACGACUGAGACGGCGGAGGAGGCGUUCCUCGGAGGAAGAGGAGGAAGACAGUGAUGAAGAAAUGGGCUCGGAUCAGUUCAGUGACAUGACUGACAGCGAUGCUGACAAAAAAAGGCGGGGUCUGAGGCGUGGCCAGCGCCAGCAGGUGAACUACCGCGAGACGUCAGAAUCGUCCGAUAACUCUCGGGCUUCUGCCAAGAAGGUCAAUGUCAAACCUCGAGGCAGACCACGCAAGGAGCAUCUCUCGAGCGACUACAGCGAUGUGUCACCUUCCUCCAGAGACUCAGAGGAGGAAGAUGAUUAUGAAGAUGAAGAAGAAGACAACCAGAGAAGAAGAGUGACCAAGAGGAGAAGAGAGGAGGGAGACCUUCGGGGACGCAGGACGAGAGAAAAGCGGAAGAGAUUCGAACACGACGACGACGAGGAUGAUGAGAGAGAGAGGGGGAGACGGCUGAGAAGGAAACUAUCAGAGAAGGAAAAGGACAAAGACAAACGGAGGAGGUUAAAGAGGACAGAAAGAGAAGAGGAGGACCCGGAGAAGAUGGGCAGGGGGAAGAGGAGAGAGAUACUGUCACAGCAGCGGCGCAAACGGCUCGCUCAGAUGCUGAAGAAAAGGCGACCCUCAACGGACGAUGAGGAUGAGGAAGAGUCGGAGGAAUCAGAGUCAUCAUCAGAAGAGGAUCGUCCAGUCCGCAAAAGACUAAACCGCAUCGACUCUGAUGAUGAAGAUGAAGAGGAAGAAGAGGAGGAGGAGGAGGAGGAGGAGGGAAGGCAGAAGAUGACAAUGAAGAAGUGUUCAGCAGGGGAGAGGAGGGGCGACAGUGACACUCAGGAAAAGGGGAGAGGCCGUAGCCUGUCUCCGUCAAACGGACAUCGGACGUCCAGAGGCCCGGCGAAGCCUGGGGCUGGAAGUUCCACUGUGCCCAGGGACAGCGCAGGAUCAGGCAGGCAGGGCAGGCACAAUGGCCCUUUACAUCCAGAGGAGGAGGAGGAAGAAGAGGAGGAGGAGGAGGGCCAGACAGACUCAUUAAACUCUGUCCAGAACAGUCCACAGUCAUGAUGGCUGUGUUUGUGUGAAUAACGCUCGCUUCUUUGUUUUUUCUUUUAACUGUCAGGCCUUUCACCCACAAACCACCUUUGGAACUGGAUAUCUCUCCCCCUCCACCUCCCCCCCUUCUUACUCUGCCGUCUUGCUCUUUCCCCUCGCUUGUG